ACUUGCUUAUCAAACCCAUACUUGCAUCAAUAGCUCCCCUAUUGUUUUGCUCUUCUCUCUGUUAAUUUCUGUUUUUAGGUAGCACUCUAAAUAACACAUGAAUCUGGUCCCUACCUCUGCAUUUAAUCUGCAAACAAAGAAUCCAAAAAAACGUUGUACCAGAAGUUUGACGAUCAACGUGGACUCCCCUGCACCUGCUGACUAGUAUUUCGCCAUUUUCUUAGCUUAUAAAAAGAGCUAGCUAACAGACAAUACUACAAACCCCAAAGCUAGUUGGCUCUCUCUCCCUAAUUAAGUUCCUCUUCAAUUCAAACCUUGUAUUAUUACUUACAUUUCCCUUUCAACUUACAAUUCCCUCUUACCCCCCAUCGCUUUCCCCCACUCCCUAUACACUUGUGUUCUAUAAACACCUCGUUAAUUUGCUACCUUUACUUCGAGGAAGUAGAAGAAAAAAUGAUGCAUCGUUGUAGUAGCAGUUGUCAUGGGAGUAUGGUGGGUCCAUGUUCAUGUGGUCUGUUUCACAGCCAAAGUGGCACUAAUACUACUACUACAUCUGCAUUCUCAAUGCUCUUCUCCCAUAACACUACAUUUGAUCAUGAAUAUUCGGAAAACAUGUACUCUUUUGCUCCAUCUUCUUCUUCAUCUGUGGAUUGUACUCUUUCCUUAGGGACUCCUUCCACUCGCCUUACCAAUGACAAUGAGAAAAGAGGUCAUUACUCUAACGAACGUCGCUCCUCGUCUAACUGCAUGUCCAACUUCUGGGAUAUUCUUCACCCCAAACAACACACUACUCCUUCCGCUCACAAGUCCACUCGCGGGGGUAACAAUGGCAAUACAAACUCUUCUGACCCCCUUGUUGCUCGCCGCUGUGCUAACUGUGACACCACUUCUACACCACUAUGGAGAAAUGGUCCAAGAGGCCCUAAGUCACUUUGCAAUGCGUGUGGAAUUCGUUUCAAGAAGGAAGAGAGAAGAGCGAGUGCAGCAGCAGCCACCGCUAACGGUGGAGGAAUGGAGACGCAUCAACACGUGAUAAACACUACUACUACUUCAUGGGUUCAUCAUCAGCCCCAAAAAAUGCCUUGUUACUCUUCAGCUGCUUAUGGAAAUGAGUUCAGAUUCAUAGAGGAUGAUGACCACCGUGACUCUGAUGCCACCGGCAUUCCCUUCCUUCCUUGGCGUCUCAAUGUUGCUGAUAGGCCUAGCCUUGUUCAUGACUUCACUAGAUGAAUAAACAAAACAAAAACAAAAAAUUAAAAAUAGGAUGAAGGUUUAAAUUUCAAGAAAAAAAAAAGAAGAAGAAAAAAUGGGAAGAGCUAGCCCAUGAUGUGUCAUGAUGAUUGUGAUGGUGGGCUAUGGUUGAUGAAAUUCUUUCUCUUUCAGCUGUUUUCUUUUUGGUCCAUCUUUCAUAGAGAUGGAGUGAAAAUGAGUUAAUUCUAUGUUUUAUGUU